GCUCCGCCCCCAACGCGCCGCCCCAGCCCCGGCGCUUUAAAACCCGGUGCACACCGCCCAGCCGCGCCCCGUCUGGCGCACCUCUCCUCUCCUCUGUAUCUUCAGCCGCAGCCGCUCUCCCGGCCCUGGUCCCGGCACCAUGAGCUUCGGCUCGGAGCACUACCUGUGCGCCUCCUCCUCCUACCGCAAGGUGUUUGGAGAUGGCUCGCGUCUGUCCUCGCGCCUCUCCAGCGCCGGUGGCGCGGGUAGCUUCCGCUCGCAGUCGCUGUCCCGCUGCAAUGUGGCCUCCUCGGCCGCCUGCUCCUCGGCCUCGUCGCUUGGCCUGGGCCUGGCCUACCGCCGGCCCCCCGCGUCCGACGGGCUCGACCUGAGUCAGGCGGCAGCGCGCACCAACGAGUACAAGAUUAUCCGCACCAACGAGAAGGAGCAGCUGCAGGGCCUCAACGACCGCUUCGCCGUGUUCAUCGAGAAGGUGCACCAGCUGGAGACGCAGAACCGCGCGCUCGAGGCCGAGCUGGCGGCGCUGCGGCAGCGCCACGCGGAACCGUCGCGCGUUGGCGAGCUCUUCCAGCGCGAGCUGCGCGACCUGCGCGCGCAGCUGGAGGAGGCGAGCUCGGCGCGCGCGCAGGCCCUGCUGGAGCGCGACGGGCUGGCGGAGGAGGUGCAGCGGCUUCGCGCACGCUGCGAGGAGGAGAGUCGAGGGCGAGAAGGCGCCGAGCGCGCGCUGAAGGCGCAGCAGCGCGACGUGGACGGUGCCACGCUGGCCCGCCUGGACCUGGAGAAGAAGGUGGAGUCGCUGCUAGACGAAUUGGCCUUUGUGCGCCAGGUGCACGACGAGGAGGUGGCCGAGCUGCUGGCCACGCUGCAGGCAUCGUCGCAGGCCGCGGCCGAGGUGGACGUGGCUGUGGCCAAACCAGACCUGAGUUCGGCGCUGAGGGAGAUCCGCGCCCAGUAUGAGUCCCUGGCUGCCAAGAACCUCCAGUCAGCCGAGGAGUGGUACAAGUCCAAGUUUGCCAACCUGAACGAGCAGGCAGCGCGCAGCACGGAGGCCAUCCGGGCAAGCCGCGAGGAGAUUCACGAGUACAGGCGUCAGCUGCAGGCACGCACCAUCGAGAUUGAGGGGCUGCGUGGGGCCAAUGAGUCCUUGGAAAGGCAGAUCCUGGAGCUGGAGGAGCGGCACAGUGCAGAGGUGGCUAGCUACCAGGAUAGCAUCGGGCAGCUGGAAAAUGACCUGCGGAACACCAAGAGUGAGAUGGCGCGCCACCUUCGGGAAUACCAGGACUUGCUCAAUGUCAAAAUGGCUCUUGAUAUUGAAAUAGCCGCUUACAGGAAACUGCUGGAAGGCGAGGAGACACGUUUUAGCACCAGUGGAUUAAGCAUUUCAGGGCUGAAUCCACCCCCCAAUCCGGCUUAUCUGCUCCCACCUAGAAUCCUCAGUUCUACAACCUCCAAAGUCUCAUCUACUGGGCUGUCUCUUAAGAAAGAGGAAGAGGAGGAGGAGGAGGCUUCUAAGGCAGCCUCUAAGAAAACCUCCCAGAUAGGGGAAAGUUUUGAAGAAAUACUGGAGGAGACAGUAAUAUCUACUAAGAAAACCGAGAAGUCAAUUAUAGAAGAAAGCACCACUUCAAGCCAAAAAAUAUAAUUCUGUUGCUUAAAAAAAAAAAAAAGUUAAUGCUUAAGAGGGGAUAAUAUGCAUUUGACUUAUUAAAGAGCCUAUUCCUGAACCAAAACACCUGUUACCAC